CCGCGGGGCGCACGCGCAGAUGCCCUUAGAACCGGAAGCAGCCUUGGGUCGGGCAUGGCGGCGGCUGCGGAGGGCGUCCCGGCGACGCGACGGGAGGAGCAGCCACCUCGAGAUGAUGCUGCGGUGGAGACAGCCGAGGAAGCAAAGGAGCCUGCCGAAGCUGACAUCAAUGAGCUCUGCCGGGACAUGUUCUCCAAAAUGGCCACAUAUUUGACUGGGGAACUGACAGCCACCAGUGAAGACUACAAACUCCUGGAAAAUAUGAAUAAGCUAACAAGCUUGAAGUACCUUGAAAUGAAAGAUAUUGCUAUCAACAUCAGCAGAAACCUGAAGGACUUAAACCAGAAAUAUGCUGAACUACAGCCAUAUCUGGACCAGAUCAACAUGAUUGAGGAGCAGGUGGCAGCUCUGGAGCAGGCAGCCUACAAGCUCGAUGCUUAUUCAAAAAAACUGGAAGUCAGCAGGGGGCAUCGGACCCCCUGGAAUUGGAGUUACAAGUGGUCCUGAGCUGUCAUGCCAGCGGUGGGAAUUGAACCUGGGUCCUCUGGAAGAAUGGCAAGUGCUCUUAACCGUUACUGAGCAACCUCUCCAGCCCCUUCGAUUUGAUAAAGAGUACUUAGCAUGGUGAUACAACAUCUGUAAGCCCAGUACUCCCGAAGCUGAUGCAGGAGGAUUGUAAAUUUGUAUUUAGGUCAGGUUAUACAAUGAGCAUAUCUCAAAAAACCAAAACCAAAUAAAUCAAGCUUAAGGAAUUUAAAUAUGUAGUAAGUAGCAUUUUCUGUGGUUACUGCCUUAGAAGUUCUGUUUGGAAUGACCUGCAUGUAUUGUAUACUUUAUUCACUACAAGGUGAUUUUUUUUUUUUUUGUCUUUGGUUUUGUUUUGUGAGACAUCGUUUUUCUGUGUAUCCCUGACUAUCCUGGAACUGACUGUGUAGACCAGCCGCAAAUUCCCAGAGAUCCACCUGGCUCUGUCUCCCGAGCCCUGGGAGCACAAAGGCCUUCAUCGAUAUUCGAGGCAGCUUUUAACAGUUUUUGUUAAAAAUUCCCACUUUUGAGGGAAGGGAACGGCGGUUUAAGAGGCAAAGUAACUUGCUUAAGGAUACGAAGCCGGUAACGCACGCAGAAGAGCCGUAAGCCAGCUGCCUGUUCCAGGGCCGAGCUCUCUGCUGAGGUUCACUAUGCUGAAUGACGAAGCAUCACUUUUCUCUAAAGAGCUCUUAGUAUUGCUUGCCUGCUCUGGCUGUUAGCUACCUGGUAAAGCUUAAUGAACGUACUCUUUCCUAGAUAGCUUUUACAGGUUCUUUUAUUUUUUGCUAUUGCUUCUGGUUAACUGCUUCAAGAGAGUGGUUUGUGGGGGCUGGUGAGAUGGCUCAGUGGGUAAGAGCACCCGACUGCUCUUCCGAAGGUCCAGAGUUCAAAUCCCAGCAACCACAUGGUGGCUCACAACCAUCUGUAACAAGAUCUGACUCCCUCUUCUGGUGUGUCUGAAGACAGCUACAGUGUACUUACAUAUAAUAAUAAAUAAAUCUUAAAAAAAAAAAAAAAAAAAAAAAAGAGAGUGGUUUGUAAGUCACCAUUUAGCAGAGUAGUGAUCAACAGUCAGUUUCACUACUUACCGUUACAUUUAGUAAUCUUUGCUGUGAACCUCACCAUAUAGAAGGCAGCACACCAAGGGGUUUUGAGAUUUUAAAAGACAAAAAAGGUGUGGUGGCAUAUGCCUGUAAUUCCCUGGGAGGUGAGGCAGGAAGAUUGGGAGUUCAAGACUAGCUACCCAGGCUGUUAGAAAAUUUGUUACAAGAAAAAACAAAUCACAGUACUAGGCUUAUUUGACAACGUUUUAAAUCUAUUCAGGCCUUUGUAUCUUUCCAAAUUGCUUUCCUGAAGUGAAAGAUACCAAUAAGAACAUAAGGGGCUGGAGAGAUGGCUCAGCACUAACUGUUCUUCCAGAGGUCCUGAGUUCCCAGCAACCACAUGGUGCUCGCAACCAUUUUUAAUGGGAUUUGAUGCCCUCUUCUGGUGUGUCUGAAGAGAGCGACAAUGUUCUCACAUGCAAUAAAUAAAUAAACAAACAAACAAACAAACAAAUAAAUAAGAAUAUAAAACGACCAGGAAUGAAGCUCAAUUGACGGAUGGCCCACUUGCCAUUCAUGAUGUCCUAGGAUUAACAACACCCAAGUCCUCAUCACCAGGACACUAAAGAUGCCCAGUCCUGGGUACCUAUCCAGUGCUGGACAAACAGGGAAUGGACAUACAUGUCUGUAAUUCCAGCGCUGAGGAUGUGGAGGAAGGACAGUUAGAAGGCCAAGGUCGUCUGUGGCUGCAUCGUGAGUUCGAAGCCAGCCUGGGGUUUGUGAGAGCUGUGUAGGCUGCAUGGAUGCCGGGUAGGGGUAGGAAGUAGAGAGUUGCUCUGGGCUGGCUCCAGAGGCUACCUGGGAUCGUUCCUGGAAGGUUAGUUUCUAAAGUGUAGUAAGGCUGCCAGUAGGGCCAGUGCCAGUGGGUCCUGGUUCAUUCUGUCUGAGCUAUCUGAGCGUGUGUUAUUGAUACAGUUAGCAUUUAGUGUGUGUGGUCUGGGCUCACAGUCAGUGUUUGUGUUUGACUCCUUGAAGUUGUGCGGACCCGUGAUCUCCUUAUUUGUGCAGAUGACGAGACUGAAGUUGCUGCCUUAAGAAUAUAAUGGGCAUAUUUGAACUUGCUUGAAAAA